AUGUCACUAGGAGAUGACUUGGAUGACGGCUUGGAGUAUGAGGUUCAGGAAAGUGACUCUGAAGCUGCUGUUGAAGUUCCUGGAAGUCCAAUCGAGUCGGAGACCGUGAAAAGAAGCCGAAGAAGCAGCGAGACAGAUGAUUCAAAUAAAUCGCAAAGUAAACGUCAAAAGAAGCUGGCCAAUUCCAAACUGCAUCAAAAGAAACUGGAGAAGAUGGAACACGACGCGGAACAGAAAAAACUACUGCCAAGGUCCAGCUCAGAGCGUAUUUCCGAAUACCUAGCAACUCUCAUUCGGGAGAAAAAUCCAGAUCUGAGUGCUUUGGAGCUCGAGGAACAGUAUUUCAAGAAAACUAAUUUUAUUUCUACCGAGAGGUAUGAAAAGGAAAGAAAUUUGGAUAACUUGCAAGACUUUGUUAACACUUUCUCGAAGUCUCCUAGAGCCGUGGUUCUCUCAGCUUCGAAUAUUAGAGUGGCAGAUGUUUUCAGAAGCUUAGGUGGUUCCCAAACUGCUGUCAAACUGUUUUCAAAGACUAAAUUGAAAGACGAUGUGGCACGAGUUGACCAGCUUUUGAAAGGUUCUGACUCGAAAGAUGGCAAGACAGGUAAAUCAAAAGCCAAAGACAAGAAGAAGGAGAAAGAAGUGAAGUACUACAUCUCGACACCUGCGCGAAUGGCCAAAAUUACGGAAGCGACAGAUUCUUUUUUUGAAGGUAAAGAGAAACUGGAUAUCUUCUUAGAUGCUAGCUACUUGGAUCCAAAAACUAACACGUUAUUCACAAGCGAAGACUGCGCUGCACUAUUUAAAGUCUUGAGGGACUUUUUGAACAAAAAAAGUUCAGUAAAGAUUUUGUUGUUUUAA